AUGUCCCUACCCUCGCACUUUACCCUCAACACCGGCGCCAAAAUCCCCGCCGUGGGAUUUGGUACCUGGCAAGCCAAGCCCCUUGAGGUAGAAAACGCCGUCGAAGUAGCCCUCAAGGAGGGUUACCGCCACAUCGAUUGCGCCGCCAUCUAUCGCAACGAGACAGAAGUCGGCAAUGGUAUUCGCAAGUCCGGGGUGCCCCGUGAAGAGAUCUUCAUCACUGGCAAGCUGUGGAACACCAAGCACGCCCCGGAGGACGUGGAGCCAGCCCUCAACAAGACCCUGCAAGAUCUAGGCGUCGCCUACCUCGAUCUCUAUCUCAUGCACUGGCCCUGUGCCUUCAAGGGUGGCGACAAAUGGUUUCCCCUCAACGAGGAUGGAGUGUUCGAAUUGGCCGACAUUGACUACAUCACCACCUACCGCGCCAUGGAGAAAUUGCUAGCGACGGGCAAGGUACGCGCCAUUGGCGUGUCCAACUUCAAUGUCCGUCGCUUGGAGGAGCUGCUUGGCCAAGUCUCCGUGAUGCCCGCCGUCAACCAGAUCGAAGCCCAUCCCUACCUGCAACAGCCGGACCUGCUGCAAUACUGCCAGAGCAAAGGUAUUCUCAUCGAGGCCUACUCUCCGCUGGGCAACAACCAGACUGGGGAGCCGCGCACCGUCGACGACCCGCUGGUGCACCGCGUGGCGGGCGAGCUUAGCAUGGACCCCGGACCACUGCUGGCCAGCUGGGGCGUGCAGCGUGGCACCGUCGUGCUAUCCAAGAGUGUCACACCGGCUCGCAUUGCAGCGAACUUGCGAGUCCGGGCAUUGCCGGAGGGGGCCUUUGCACAGUUGACCUCGCUGGAACGCCACAAACGCUUCAACUUCCCGGGCAAUUGGGGAUACGACAUCUUCGAGGAGGUCGGUGAGGAGGCGGUACGCCAGACUGCACUGGCCGCGGGUCCCAGUAACAAGAUUAAGUUUACUGUAUAG